GGCGGGUGGACCGAGCCACCUGAGCGAGCGCGCAGCUCGGACCCUCCCGGACGCAGCGCUCGCCGGUGGCCGCGCGAUCACCGGUCCGCGGCCACGGCGCCCGCCCGCGCCCGCGCCCCAUGGGGUCACAGAGUCUUUAGAAGACGCAGCAGCAGGGCUCCCAGAUGAACAACCGAAAGGAAGAUAUGGAAAUCACAUCUCACUACCGGCACCUGCUUCGAGAGCUCAAUGAGCAGAGGCAGCAUGGAGUCCUGUGUGAUGUGUGCGUCGUGGUGGAGGGCAAGGUUUUCAAGGCACACAAGAACGUCUUGCUUGGAAGCAGCCGCUACUUCAAGACACUCUACUGCCAGGUACAGAAGACAUCUGACCAGGCCACUGUCACUCACUUGGACAUUGUUACAGCCCAGGGCUUCAAGGCCAUCAUUGACUUCAUGUAUUCCGCCCACCUGGCUCUCACCAGCAGGAAUGUCAUCGAGGUGAUGUCAGCUGCCAGCUUCCUACAGAUGACUGACAUUGUGCAGGCCUGCCAUGAUUUCAUCAAGGCCGCACUGGACAUCAGCAUCAAGUCAGAUGCCUCAGAUGAACUCUCAGAAUUUGAGGUUGGCACCCCAGCCAGCAACAGCACAGAGGCAUUGAUCUCAGCGGUGAUGGCUGGAAGGAGCAUCUCUCCAUGGCUGGCUCGGAGAACAAGUCCUGCCAAUUCUUCUGGAGACUCCGCCAUCGCCAGCUGUCACGAAGGAGGAAGCAGCUAUGGGAAGGAGGACCAGGAACCCAAAGCUGAUGGCCCCGAUGACAUUUCUUCGCAGUCUUUGUGGCCUGGAGACAUAGGCUACGGGUCUCUGCGCAUCAAGGAAGAACAGAUCUCGCCAUCACAUUAUGGAGGGAGUGAGCUUCUGCCUUCCAAGGACACUGCAUUACAGAACUCCUUAUCCGAGCAGGGUGCUGGAGAUGGCUGGCAGCCCUCAGGCCGGAGGAAGAAUCGGAAAAACAAAGAGACUGUCCGACACAUCACGCAGCAGGUGGAGGAAGACAGCCAGGCUGGCUCUCCGGUACCCUCAUUUCUGCCCACAUCAGGAUGGCCUUUCAGCAGCCGAGACUCAAAUGUGGACCUGACAGUCACCGAGGCCAGCAGCUCGGACAGCCGAGGAGAGAGAGCAGAGCUCUAUGCCCACAUCGAAGAGGGCCUCCUGGGAGGAGAGACCAGCUACUUGGGCCCGCCCCUCACCCCAGAGAAGGAGGAAGCACUGCACCAGGCCACCGCAGUGGCCAACCUCCGCGCGGCGCUCAUGAGUAAGAACAGCCUGCUGUCACUCAAGGCUGACGUGCUCGGUGACGACGGCCCGCUUCUGUUCGAGUACCUGCCCAAAGGUGCCCACUCACUGUCCCUGAACGAGUUCGCAGUGAUCAGGAAGAAGUUUAAGUGCCCCUACUGCAGCUUCUCAGCCAUGCACCAGUGCAUCCUGAAGCGGCACAUGCGCUCACACACCGGAGAGCGGCCCUACCCUUGCGAGAUCUGUGGCAAGAAGUUCACUAGGCGGGAGCACAUGAAGCGGCAUACCUUGGUCCACAGCAAGGACAAGAAGUAUGUGUGCAAGGUGUGUAGCCGUGUGUUCAUGUCUGCAGCCAGUGUGGGCAUUAAGCACGGCUCUCGUCGCCAUGGUGUGUGUGCAGACUGUGCUGGCCGGGGUGUGGCCACACCACUGGACCAUGGUGGAGGUGGUGAAGGCUCCCCUGAGGCACUGUUUGCUGGUGAAGCGCCAUACCUGGAGGACCCAGAUGAUCCACAAGGGGAAGGCGAGGAGGAGCUGGGCGAGGAUGAGGAGGAGGAUGUGGCCAAAUGGAAGGACGAUGUGGGUCUGGCACAUGAGGAUGCACUGCUGGAAGAUGACAAGGAUGAUGAGGACUCUCCGCAGGGGCCCCACAGUCCCUCUGGGGAGCCUGAUAAAGACUUUGCCUGGAUCUCCUAGGGGCUCUGCUCUAGUGGACAGGGUGUGUAGUGGCUGAAUCACUUUGUCCACCUGUGUGUGUGUCUUAGUGGGUCUUACCCAGAAGUAGGACCAUACUGACUUCUUGAAGUUCUUCCUCCAGGUCCUCCUCUGUCCUAUCCCCCUCCCCCUUGCAGAAACUGGUUCUAUGAUCUAAGAAUUGGGUGUAACUCCAGUGACUGGGAGCUCUAGGUCUGAACACAAAGUGAGGGGUGCAGUGUGGGUUUAGGAAGAGGGAGAAGGAUGCUUCCAGCUGCCCAGGUGAUACUGGAGCCCCAGCAGGCAUGUGUAGAUGUACGGGCAGGGCUGCGCCAAGGCCUGGGCAUGCUUCCUCAGGGUAUCAAAGGAGCCCUUUGCUUCGAACCUGACCAGGAAUGCAAGAUGAGUCAGUGCACAGGUCAGGGUCAGCACUGCUUAGGGUCAUGAGGGCACUCCCCCAGACUGCAAGUCUGAGUAGGUGUUGAGUUUUGCAUAAACACAAAUGGCUCCAUCCACAGCAUUGCUCAAUCUCCAUCUGUCCUCUCCUGCUCAACUCCCAGCAGUCACGUUUUGGGCUAUGGCCCUGUGUCACUUUGUCCUCUUGGUUCCUGCUGCUCCAUGGUAGCUGGUGGAACCUAGUGAGCAAAAAGUCCCGCAACUCUCUUACCUCCAGGCUUUGGUGCUUAACACAAAAUGGCUACAGAAGCCUCUCUGGAAGCCCUGGGCUCCAGGUGCUAUCUCUGUGGGAAGCAGCAACGGGCAGGCCAAGGAGGGACGGCUGUCUGUUCAAGAGGGGACCUGUGGCUGGAUGCUUUUCACUUGAGGCCCACAGGGUCGAGUUGCAGGGGCCACAGCUCUUUGUUCUGUGUGCACUUUCCUGGAGCACCCCAUUGUGCACCCUGAGUUCUGCCUGCUCUUUUGCUGACCCCUCCUUGGACCAGAUGGAGCUCAGCUCCUGCCUUUGUUGCUGCUAACACUGGAGGUGGGUGUUCCUAGCUGCAGUGUGCUGCUAUGCCUCCCUGCCUAGGAACCAAAUUUUAAAGUCAGAGACAUUUUAAGGUGGUUACUACAGAUUACUUGUUUUGAAUUGUUUUUCUCACUUGACAGGACUCUAUAGGAGUGGUUUCCUUUAACUCUUCAUCAAGUCCUCUGCUGUAUUUCUAAAGGCUCUCCAACUUAUUCUGUGAAAAGUGUAGGCUUCACAGCUUUGAGGCCCAGAGAGACACUUACCUGCAGGGUAGACACAGAUACUACAGCCUGUCCUCUUCUUGAGGCCAUUUCUGACAAAACUAUCAAGACAUUCCAUCCUUCACCCACCUCACCUCCCAAAGGCCCCCACUGCAGUGGUGUUCAGUGAGCAUUCUGAUGGGCUACCCCCAACCCUGUGCAGGGGCUCAUCAGGCUACUAAACAUUAGGGCCAAUUAGAGAAUUUUGGUUUUCCUUUCUCAAACACUAAGUCAAAUGGCUCUUAAUUUUUUUUUUUUUAAACUGGCACAUCUAUUCUCUCUAGGUCAGUAAGGAGAAGCCUCAUAUAAAACUGUAAUUCAUGUCCCAAUGGUUCAGAGCAUCUGCUAACCUGGUGACAUUCCCCAAGUACCAGCUGCCUAAGCCACAGAAGAGUGCUGGACUGGGUGCAGGUUGCUUCCUAUAGAAGGAAGGAAUCAUAGCUU